UAUUGUUAGCAGGCGCCGCUCCUAGCAUACCAAAUUCCUAAUAUUUCCUGUUGGUUUUCCGUUUAGUCUCGGUGUUGGUGGCAGAGUAUUUCUUCGGAAUUGGAUCAGUUGUAAAUGUGUUGGUAUAUUGAGCUGGAGAAAUGACAGGGAUACAGCGAAACUCAGCGUCAAAAAACUUAGUUGCUUAUGUCAUAAGUAAUGUUCGGAUUUUGUUUGUCAACCUAGAGUCAGUGUUCACGUCCCACAGCCACGCAAGAUGAAGGACAUUAUUGGCUUCGAUUCCUCGCAGCUUUGCUUUAAUAAGGAGGAGUUUUUCAAGGAUGAGUUUAGCGUGGAUGGCUUUGUGCUGCGGUACAGGCAGCAGACUGGCCUGGAGAGCCUUCGAACCGAUCUGGGCGUCUAUCUCAAGGUGCUGCGCUCAUCCAUGAUUGAUCUGAUCAACCGGGACUAUGCCGAUUUUGUCAACCUCUCGUCCAAUCUGGUCGGACUGGAUGCCAGCAUCAGCAAACUGGAGAUGCCCCUCGGGCAGCUCCGGGAGGAGGUUCUGAGCGUGCGCCGCUCGUUUGAUGACCUGCUGGAGCAGACGGGCUGGCGGCUGACAAGGUUGCACCAGGUGCGCGCGCAGAAACAGUACCUGCGCCUGCUGGGCUCGUUGCCCGGCUACUUGGAGCGGCUGGAGGUGCUGCUCAGCAGCUCUGGUGACGACGCGGUCGGCGAACAGGACGGCGACGUGGUGGAGCGCGCCGCCUCCGAGUACAACCAGCUGACGUACGCGCUCUCGCACUGCGGCGGCGCCGCGCUGGUGGCGCGCCUGGAGCCGCGUGUGCGCGAGCUGGCCGGCCGGCUGUCGGCGCGGCUGCAGCACGGCCUGCUGGCGGCUCUCGACCAGGCUGACGCCGACCGACUGGCGCACGUGCUGCGCAUCUUCGCCACCCUGGACCAGGUGACAGAGGCGGAGUCUCUGUUCCGGGAGCGGGUGGUGGAGCCGUACAUGGCCGAGGUGAUCUCGCCGGCCGCGCUGCGGGACGAGCCGCGGGGCCUCCGCGGCCUUCUCCAGAACGUGCUGCGCUUCGUCCCCGAGCACGCGCAGCUGCUGGUGGCCGUCACGCGCCGAGAGCACGGCGCCCACACCGGGCCGCGCUACGACUUCCUGGUGAACGCCGUUUGGCCGUGUAUCAUCCAGCGACUGGACGACGAGCUGCCGGUCAUCUACGCGCCCGGCAACCCCAACACGCUGUUCGAGCGCUACACGGCCAGCAUGGAUUUUGUUGAGGAGUUCGAGGCGGCCUGCGGCACGGCAGCCAGCGUUGAGAGACUCCGUAACCACGAGGCCUACGACAGGUUCAUGAAGCGCUGGAAUCUGCCUGUCUACUACCAGAUCAGACUGCAGGAGAUCGGCGGCGCGCUGGAGUCGGCGUUGGCCGGGCCGGACUCGGCCGCCGCCAUGUGGGCCGCCCUGCGGCGCUGCUGGGGCCGCGACGUCUUCCUGCGGCCGCUCACGCACCGUUUCUGGCAGCUGUCGCUCCAGAUCGUGUCGCGCUACAGCACCUGGCUGGGCGGCCGGCUCGAGCACGGGGAGAAGGAGAAGGCCGGCUUGAGCCUGGAGGACUGCGUGCGUUAUUUGUCGGACAUUGCUGACCUCUCCCAGAAGCUGGAAACGUUCAUCGACGCGGUUGUCCUGCCGAUGGUGCCUAAGAUUCCCGACGAAGCCGUCCAGUCCAUGAGAGACAGCCUGGAGACAGGCGCGGUGCGGCUGCGCGCGCUGCCGCCGCGCCUCACCGGCGUCUACACCGAGUCGCUGCUGUCGGACGCCACGGCCGCCAUGCGCGUGGUGAUGGACAUCCCGCGCCUAUACCGACGCACCAACCGCGACCCGCCCACAACCGCCUCCGGCUACGUGGCGGCGAUGGUGGCGCCGCUCGAGCACUUCUCGGGCACGGUGUGUGCGCGGCUGGAGCCGGCGCUGACGGCCCGUUACCUGACCGGCGUGGUGACGCAGCUCUGCACCCUGUACGCGGAGCGGGUCGGCCAGGUGCUCACCUCCGUGCAGCGGAUGGAGGAGUCGCUGCGCAAGUUGAAGAAGGCGCGCGCGACGGCGCCGGCGGCGCCGGCCGGCGCCACCGACGACGACAAGAUCCGGCGUCAGCUGGCGCUGCCGGCCGCUGCGGCGACACCCGACCGCGUGACCCCCAGCCCGCUGCUCAGGUACGACCGCGCUGGUCCGCCUCCUGCCGCCGUCGGCGCCAUGCGGGGUGGUGACGACCCGCUGUUGAACGCCUACAUCAUCGGCUCGGUGCUGCUGGUGCUGGGCAGCGGCCUGGUGUUCUUCGGCGGCGUGCUGCAGCAGCAGGCGGCACAGGCGGAGGCCAACAGCGUCAACGGCACCGAUGCCGUCCACGAGCGGCGCGCCGGGGCGACGCCGUGUGCCGGCCCGCCCGUCACCCCCUCCGCAGCCGCCAUGACGGCCGGUGACCCCCGCUACGGCGUCUACAUCAUCCUCGCGGUGACGCUGGCGUUGACCCUGGGCCUGGUGUUCCUCACCACGGCGAUGCCUUCGGCGGAUUCGCACACCGACAACACCAACGGCACCAGUGGCCACGAGUGCGUCCGUCAUCCGGACGUCAUGGCCAGCAGCGUCGUGCGUCACCACUUCUUCGUCAUCUUCGUGGUGUCGCUGGCGCUGGGUUUCGGUCUAGCGCUGUUCGGCACGGUGCUGACCAAGACGCCGACCAAGCCGGAGGUGUAA